UGUGUUGCAUCUAAAACGAAGGAAGUACUAACGAAGUAAUGAGUAAUGACCCCAUUUAUUUAUCAUCUGUAGCCUAAUCAUCUCCAAAACAGAACCCAAAACCAAUGGCGGAACCAUCAUCAAACGAAGAAGACUACUCUGCCUCAGCAACCCUCAUCCACUUCGACCGCCCCCUUCCUCUCAUCCGCCGCCCCAUUCCCGCCGGCCCGACCGACGACCCGGAACUCGGCCCAUUCGUCCUAGCAUUCCCUACCCCACAAUCCUUCUUCUCUUCCCUCAAAUUCUGCGAGUCGAAGCUUCUGGAACAAUGUGAAGCAGGGGUACGAAUCGGGUGCUCCAUAACCGCAUCAAACAACUGUAAACCACCUUGGUGGAAGACCCUUUUCGGGAAAAUCGAUUUCAAAGAGAGAAGCGAGUGUGAGGAGAGAGAAAUGGCUGCUUGUCUUCAAGGGUCGAAGGAAAAAUGUGGGGAGUUUUCCAAAGAUAAGUGCUUGGGCCCGUUUGGGUCGGCCCGGAUUGCUUGUAGAGAGAGAAAGGUGAGGAAGAAGGAGGUGGGUGGGUUGAUUUCUUGGGUCUCGGGUUUGGGUCUUUUCAAUGGGAAUUUAGGGUUUGAAUUGUUAGCUGGGAAUCAAUUGGGGUUGCUUUCUGAAUUGAAUUUGAGCUAUGAAGUCACAAAUUUUAGAGGGUCUGAGCUAUUGAAAGAUAGAAAUCAACCCGAUUGAUGGAGAAAUAUAUUUGUAAUUUUAAUCUGAUUUGUUGAAGUGUAUAGAGAGCCGCAAAGGGAAAUGAUGUAGACGGGAUUUAUCCUAGGUUUAGCAUAGAGAGCCAUAAAGAGCAAUGAUGAGUUGAAGAUAGGGGUGUUUUUUCAUGUGGUUUUGACAGGGAUUUCAGCUUGUUUAGGGGGAUCAGUGUUGUGGCUCAUAUUGCGAAUUUAUGACCUUGAGAUAAUUAUGGAAUGUGUAUUGUGUGAUUCUGAUUACAGAGAAAUCGCUGGGUUGAAUUUCAGAGCAUGUUUGGUAAUUGAAGAGUAUUUGACUAUUUGGGAUACAAUGAAGAUAUAUUACAUUGGCUAUAACAAGUCAGUAUCCGAGUUGCCUAUUAUUGGUAGAAAGAUGGAACUACUGAACUGUUGUAAUGGCCAGUGGCUGGGCUAGAAGAGCAUGUAAUAAGGUCUCGACUGACAAGAUUCAAGCUUCCUCGACUUCAUAUAUAGGAGCUGUUGUAUAUUUUGUGUUAUCUGGUGUGUCACAACUUCAUGUUCUGGCAUCAACAGUUCAACACUACGUUGGUGUUAGUCUUGUGGGCUGUUUUUAAGAAUCCCUUUCCGGUCAUUUUUCAUGUGUAAUCAGUAUCGGCAUAACAUAAGGAUGAUGUAUAUAGAAUUUUCUAUUAAGAACAGAUGAAUUGAUGAAAAAGUACUAAUUAUAGUAUUAUUACUGUACAAAA